CUAGGUACAUAUGUGAAUUUCCCUCCCCCAUUCAAGACCAUUCAUUUGUGCGCGGGAGGUAUGCUGCGCUGCGAGUGUGCAUUGUCGAUUCGCCGCCACCGUGCGCCGUCCGGCGUCGUCGUUUUCGACGAGAUGUGUUUGGCGCGGAAACUUGGCGCAUAAACGCGUGAGCUUUUGUUAGUAUCAUUUUAACCGUCGCUUGUUUUGGACACCUCACAACCGGGUUGUGGCUUUUGGCUUCUUUACGUGGUGGCCAGCACCGAAUGGUAUCUCCGAGGAAUAACAGUGCACUAAAAACGUUUAUUACUACCGGUUCUGAGUUCAGUUUGGGACGUUUUCGUAACCCAGUUGGGGCAGGUUACGUAGCGAUAAUUAGCGAGUGUGCUGAGAAUUUCAGGUAGAGCUACAGAGGGCAGCUGAUCGUAGAUGAAGGAGAACAUAAACUCAACAAUUAAUUAGGGCUGUGAUCAAUUGGAUUGGAAAACAUGCGAUUGAAGAUGAAUGUGAAUCUCAGAAUGAAAUUAGCUUUAGUACUAUCAUUGACCUUAUCACCCAUAUGUGCUGUGAGUGCUAUUGAAACACCAGAACCAUCGUCACUUUUACGACCUCGCGACAUCAAUCCACAUCCAUACGGCAAUGCCUACGAAGGAGUCAGCAUUUUCGAUAAAAGCAUCAUCACCAACAGCGAAAAGUUUAUGGAGAAUUUACUUAAUCAAGCUCCCAUCCAAUUCCCACGUGUUACCGAUAGUGCAGCGAUGAAUGCAUUGCCGCAUCCAUACGAGAAGUUCGCUCUGAAAGAACGACUCGCCAAAACGGAACGCUUUUCCGGCGGAGAUAAUCAAAUCGUCAAGCCAGCGUACAGGGCUCUUGCUAAAUAUGCAGCCCGGGUUCUUAAUGGACAAGUGGGGAACACCUUGGCUGAGGAUGAGUUGGAUCAUUACAAUGAAGCAACUAAUCUCAAGAAGCAUUACGCUUUCUCCUAUACGGUGAAGGACUCUGCGUCGGGAGACGACUUUUCACACACCCAGCAACAGCAGAUCGAUGGAGCGGUCAAAGGCAGUUAUAAAGUUCAACUGCCGGACGGACGAAUGCAGAUCGUUAAAUACAUUGCGGACAAUAAUGGCUACCGAGCGGAUGUGACCUACGAGAAUGACAACGGUCAAAAUACGUUCAACCACGUGACAGCAGCUCCCACAGUGAUCCAACGCCCCAUAGCAGCAGUUCCAGUCGCAUCACCACUAGAAUCAGCUCAACCCAUUUACAAUUACUACAAAAGACUUCAACAAUCCCAACAAUACGUCCAAAGGCCUGUCCCUAUUCGACAAGCGCGUCCUCAACAGACGAUCUACUACUCUCAAGCAACUCCAACUCAAAUCCCUGCCCCUUACUACCCUGCCCAAUUGAGAGUCAACGAUGUCAAGAUCCAUAGCUACAAUACCGGUCCACAUGCCAAUUCUCUAAUCAGAUCUACCAUAGCUCCGUCUCAAGGAUCUUACAUCACAUAUCAACCGGCGUCGAACAUUGCGUACGUUUCCUCUACCCCCAAUCCCGUUCAAAUCCAAUCCAACACCUUGGCGCAAGCAGGGCUUAUUCCGGUGGUUGUCACAACGGCCCAACCUGCGCCUUAUCCCGUCUACAGAGACAUCAACGUAACUCCACCGAGCAUAGGGCCAACACUCCGUCGAACAACCAUCUACGCCAAUCAGGCCACACCCCGACCCAUCGCUUACACCCCGGUGGCACCUGCUGCAGUUCAAAGCAGUCAACCGGUGGCGGACUACGACUACGUACAAAUUCCGGCCAGCAACCACGUGUACAAGCGGAACACCGACAAGGACAGCCAAGUCACCAAAAGUUCUGUCCAGUCGCAACACAAAAAGAAAUCCCUAGAAUAAUAGGGUGCGUUAGCGAGAUAUUCAGUGAAUAGCACUCUAAUCAGCGUAUGAAUCUCUAUUAGAUUAGGUAGGGCAAUUGCUCUCGAUAAUUAGCGGUAGUGUCUGUUGUAAAUAAGAAUUCCUAAUAUAAAUGAAAUUUAUCACAACAAUCCAAACUAGGUGUCAUAAAGCCUCUUAUGCAUGAAGAACGAAA